AUCAGUGAACCCAGACCGAGCGCCCAAAAUGCACGACAAAACUUCGCAACUGCCCGCCUGGCUGACCAAGGAGUACAUGCAGGAGAAACUGAGCCUUUUCCAUAAGGAUCAGCAGCUGCGCGUCCUCAAGCUCUCAGCAGAAUCAGCCACGGGAAAGGGCGGGAACUAUGUGGGCGUGUUGACGCGCCUGCAAGUAGAGUUCCAAACUGGUGAUGGUCAACGGCAGCAACAGACUUACCUGCUCAAGGAGACCUGUUCCAAGGACACACCGGAGGCGGAGAUUUUCAAGGAGUAUGGCGUAUACACUCGUGAGUUGGACAUGUAUGAGAAUGUUUUGCCCAAAAUGUCCGCCAUUUUGCGAGAAUUCGGCAUCAAAGAUAAGCGGCAUCCUGAUGCCGUCUGCGUGGAUCGUGAUCACGCCAUCCUUAUACUGGAGGAUCUCGGCCAGCUGGAGUAUCGCAAUGCUGAUCGCGUUCAACGCCUAGAUGUGAAGCAUGUCCAGCUGGCAUUAGAAAUGCUGGCCAAGUAUCAUGCAGCAGCCGCAGCGCUGCAUCAGCGCCAACCCGAGGUGUUUGCGAAGAAUUACGACUGCACUUUCUUUUCGCGCGGGGUCAAGGGCUAUGGCACUGUAUUUUCUGGACUCUUCAAGGCCCUGCUACGCUAUAUAAAGACCCAGCCCAAGUUGGAGGCACGCUACUAUGAGAAACUCAGCCACAUGCAGGACAAUCUGAUGGAGUACGGCGCACGCUGCUUGGAUGUGGGUUCCGAAGACUUUCAGACCCUCACGCAUGGCGACUGCUGGACCACAAACAUUAUGUUCCGAUACAAUGCCGAUGGACAGCCCAGCGCUGUGAUUCCCAUCGACUUUCAGUUCAGCCACUGGACCUCUCCAGCCAUAGAUCUGCACUACUUCUUCAGCACAUCACUACGCGAAGAGGUGGGCAAGAGGCAGACUGAGCUGGUUCAGCACUACUAUUACGCGCUAAAGGGGGCUCUGGAGCAGUUGAAAUACCAGGGCCCCUUCCACAGCCUAUACGAGUUUCAGUUGCAGUUCGAGAAGCGCCGAUUUUUCACUGUAUUUAUAACACUCGCCUUUCAAACAAUUAUGAUAUACAAUGGCAAGGAAGAGACGUCGUUUCAAAAUCUAUAUCAGGACACUCCAGAGGCUAUACGCUUCCAGGACUCUAUGUACGAGAGCGAGCAAGCUCAGCGCAUUGUUCAUCGAAUGCUGCCCAUCUUCGACGCUAAAGGACUGCUAGAUGAUCUGCAUUGAAGAGCUACAAGCGAGCUCCUUUGGACCAUUAGAAAGCUCAUGAAAAAGUAGUAUUAUAUACCUAUUUUAAUCGUUUCUCUAGUGUGGAAAUUCUUCCACAUUGAACGGUGACAAAAAUUGUCCAUGGACUUUUCGACAUGUCUAUUAGAUAUAGAAUCUAAGACAAGGUUUGAAUCAAAAAAAGAGACGACAAGUACAUACAUGCAAUGAAAUAGUUAAUAAACGAACCAUUCCCGGAAUAUUUAUAAGAA